AAGUUUACCAUAUUACAAGACGAUACACUCCCGGAACUCGCCAAACAGCCGCCUCGACUCCCGGGAUAUCACGCUGGGAUCGAUCCCCACAGCCAGGAUUUCCGGUGGACCUCUUCAGUUGCCGCCCAUCUUCUAUUAUUCGACGCUGGGGCCUAAAAGGGCAAAGCCGGAUCCUGGCUGGACGAAACUUAAUCUGUCCGAUCCGUUUGUUGCCGCGGUGGAGCUGCAGCGUAUUAGCACAUUCGAGUUACGCUUGCUCGCUUUAAAUAUCGACAGGCUCCCACCGCUAUCCACCCUGACAACAUAUUCCUAGACGUAGGCAGAUCACAUAACCGCCGCGUCGCCCAAAAUGUCGCGCCAUCAUCCGAAUAUGUCCAUGGAAACCUAUUACGGGAGCGUCCGUACAACCGCCGACGCCAUCAAGCUGUUCGAGGCCUGUCGAGUAGGCACCCUGCCCCGAGUACAACGCCGACUAUCCGAGAAAGAGCGUCAGGCCAUCCGACCGGGCUCGGUCUUUGUCUGGGAUGAGAGGGAAGCCGGCAUGCGGAGAUGGACGGAUGGAAAGUCAUGGAGCGCCAGUCGUGUAUCCGGGAGCUUCCUCACCUAUCGGGAAAUGGAGGGAAAGAGGGCAGGUUUCGGUGGCAGGAGGAACGCAGGGAGGACUCCAGACUCGGCCCGCGCUAGUGACGAGGACCGGGGUUCGGACGAUCACCACGAAGGCUACAGGUACAAGGCGGAUGGGCUCAUGAAGCAGUCAUUCAGCAUCACGACCUCCCACGGCCAACACCUCCACCUCAUCUCCUACUAUGCCCGGGACGGCCGGGGCCCAGCCAACUUGCCCGAUCCCUCGAGUGAUCCAGCCCUCAGGCACGUUUCCAUCCCCAAGGGCAUCUACCCCGAGUCCAGUGUUAGCGAAACUUCGGUUCCGGUGACGACUAGAGGCCCCAUGCAGCGACACUCGCCAUAUUCGCAUCCAAGGAACGCUCCGCCCCCGUAUCAUCAGCCAUAUGACCCCAAUGUCCAUGCGCCUCCGCCCGGCCCCGGCUAUUGGGGACCCAUCUCUCCGGUCGCGACGCCUCCUUACAACGGCCAUCCCGCCCCGUAUCCCCCAGGACCGCCAUAUCACCCCGACGGUCUUCCGCCACACGCGCCACCGCAUUAUGCUCACCACCCUCAACACUUCUCUCCUCCUCAGCACCACAUGGCCGCCCUGCCUCCUCCGCCGGCCGGUAAGCCCGGCAUCCAGCUCCCGCAACCGCAGCCAUAUCCGCAUCAGCACGCCGUUCAAGCCCCGUAUCCGCCGCCGUUAUCUCAACCCCCGCCACCGGCUUACCACUAUCUUCAUCAAGGACAACAACAACCACCACCCCCUCAGCAUCAACAGCCACCUUACCACCACCAAGUCCCACCCCAUCCAAGUCAACAACCCAUGCACCACCACCAAGGCCCGCCACCUCCUCACCAUCAUCUCCCCUCCCCGCAACUACCAUCCGACGUUCACCACCCCGAGCAUCAACCGCAGCAACCACAACAACACCCUCGAAUCGCACCCAUCGACUCACCAAAGUCUCAACAACUAAUGGCCGCCGCCCGCGAGACACUCAACCUCGACUCCCGUCUAGCCCACGGCGCCCACGGCAGCGGUCCCCUCCCCCCUCCGCAACAACAACAGCAGCAGCAGCAGCAAAACGGAACCGGCAACGGUGGCACGCCCUUUUCCGGAUCAGGAGCCGUACCCACCCCUCCUCUGCCGCCUACUUCUUCGAGCGGUGGUGUGUCAUCGCCUCGUCAUCAUCAGGAGUUGAAGCCGGUUUUGUCGCCAUUGAGUUUACACCCGCCCUUGGCUGCUGCACCACAACAACAACAACAACAAAACGGAGGACACGUCAAACCAUCAUCCACCACCAGCCCCAUUUCUGCUAGUACUAGACCUAGUCUGAGCGCUAUCUUGCUUCCGCCGCCGAAUCCGAAUGGUGUUGGUAUCAAGACAGAGUCGAAUGGGGCUACGCCUGUUAGUGCGAAUGGAGCGAGAAGUCCGCUUGGGAGUCCUAAUGGGUUGGGACCACAUGGAGUUGGACAUGUGCCUGUGCAUGGACUGGCUGCGGCGCCGGAUAAUAAGGCUUAUGAAGCGUUGAAGGCUUUGAAUAGGAAUUUGUGCACCUAAAUAGGUGUGCGUGUGCGUGCGGUGGAUGGGUCGGGUCUGGUCUCUGGCAUUUCAUUUCAUUUCAUUGGGGUCUGGAUGGAGUAUUUAGUUCUGUUCUUUUUUCUUCUUUGAUUUGUUUUCUG